CGCGUCGGUAUACAAACAAGUUAUGAUAUGAGAUGCGACGUCAUUGCUAAAACACGGCUCGCAAAUUCUUUGGCCAGUUGACCACCUAUACAGUAUACCUAUCACAAUCCCGCGGUCUCGACUGUCGAGAUGGACUUUAAGUUUGUACUGUUUUUUGUUCAAUUGGCCGCGGUCAGUAGAGCACACCUGAUUAGAAUAAAAAACAACUGCUCGUUUACCGUGUGGCCCGGCAUACAAGGCGACCCGGAACACGAACAUCUCCAAAACGGCGGAUUUUCGUUGGACGCUUACAAGACCCAUACGUUUAACACGCCUCGAAAUUGGGCGGGGAGGAUUUGGGGUAGGACGAAUUGCGACAGUCAAGGAAAAUGCGAAACGGGCGAUUGCGGGAACAAGAUCCACUGCAGCGGGGCCGGAGUUGUGCCGCCCGCGACCCUUGCCGAGAUGAAGUUCACCAGGUCCGACGGAUUGGACUUCUACCAAGUAUCGAUGUUGCAGGGCUACAACCUGCCGAUCAGGAUGAUGCCCACCAGGUAUUUCACUUACACGAAAAAAGGCAAGUACGACUGCAAGCCGGCCGAGUGUGUGCCCGACCUGAACAGCGAGUGCCCGUUCGAGCUGGCCGUCGGGGCGGCCGGCGGCGGCUCCGACGUGGUGGCGUGCCAUAGCGCCUGUUCACAGUUCAACACGGACGCUUACUGCUGUCUGGGAGCCUACAACUCCCAGUCCACCUGCAAAAUCAGCUCGUGGCCCCAAAAAUAUAAUCCGGCGUACUUUAAGAAUGCGUGUCCGAACGCCCGCUGUCACGCGUUCGACGCCUCGACCAGCUCGUUUACGUGUCGUGGCAAUGCGAUAACAAAGUACGACAUCAUAUUUUGCCCAUAUUAAACCUGUUAAUCGCGCAACUGUAUAACAUGUCCGUGUGGACUCAGGGUAGGUGAUUUAAUACGAUAAUUAUAAAUUAUUAAACAUAAAUAUAAAAUAUGAAACUAUAUAUUAUGUAUAAAAAUAAGGGUGUUUAUACAUUUAUACAAAAUUUUAUUUUCAAAAAUCAACUUCUUUCACUCUACAUCUUAAUAUUUCUUGAAAUAUCUUAUUUUGCCCUUAAGCCACACUACCUUAUUGUGUAGCUAUAUUCCUAUAUCCAAUAGGUCCAGGGUAGUAGGGUUAAUUGACACAACUUUUAUAAAUUGUUAUGUAUUUACAGGUAUAUAAAUAAAAGUAGGUGUAUUGUAUAAAAUAGUUAAAUACAAUUUUCAAAAUCAACUUCCUUCUCUCUAUACUUUCGUAAUACCUAUUGUUCGAAAAUGUCUGUCAUGAUUCCUUUAGAAAAUGUAAAACUCAAUUUGGUUUCAUUUUUUUAUUAUUUAAGUUCCUACAGUUCCUAUGUAUAUUUACAUGCAUGCAUCUUACUAACCGUAUUGCAGUGAAUAGUGAUUAUGGUUAAAAGGACGUAAUGGUUGACGGUUGUACACUUAUAUCCAAGUGUGUUGUGUCCGUCUUGCUAAGGCUAACGCAUAGUGAAGCCAGUGGCAUAUACAAGGGGGCUGCAGCCCCCCCCCCCAAAAUUAUAGUAAAUUCUUUCGUAGAAACUCUUAAAUAAAUAGUGGCCUCUAGGUGCUAGACCACUUAUUGCUACCUAUUGUAGUUCACCCUAAAAACUAUUUCGUUAUAGGUUAUAAUAUGCCAAUGGAAAAUGCUUCGCUAUUAAUAAAUGUCAAUAUAUUUAUUAUACUGCUUUGCAAUGUAUUACAUGAAAUAUGAUUGAUGAAUA